AUGGCGAGAAAGCUCAGUGUAUUGGAAGUCCUUCUGAUCACUUGCAAUAUAGUUGCUUUGGCAGUAGACAUCCUUUUGUUGCUUCUUGUGCUGGAGGACCCUUCAGGUAAGGAUGAUGGUUCAUUGACUCCCGAUUGUCCAAACAUCGCUGAGUCAGAAAGAAUAGACUGUGCGCCCGGACAGGCGGUGACAGAGGAUGUCUGCCGAUGGCAGCACAAAUGCUGUUGGAAGCCAGCGGCAGAUCCGAAAGCCCCUGCGUGCUUCUUCCCUAGGAACUGGGGUUAUGAAGUCAGCAAUGUCCGUACAAAUACAAGCACAGGGUUGACUGCUCAGUUGAAAAUAUUGCCAUCUCCCUCUCUUUUUGGAAAUGAUAUUGCUGAUGCCCUCUUCACAGCUGAAUACCAGACAUCCAAUCGUUUCCAUUUUAAGAUCACGGAUUUCAAUGAGAUGCGCUAUGAGGUACCUCAUGAGAAUGCCAACCUCUUGAAUGGGACUGCUGAGAAGUCCCUUUUGAACUACUACGUAGAGGUCAUCAAUAAGCCCUUCAGCAUCCGAAUAGUGCGGAAGAGCAACAAAAGAGUCUUGUUAGACACAGGCAUUGGGCCCCUCCAGUUUGCACAGCAGUACUUGCAGCUGUCUUUCCGACUGCCCAGCUCCAAUGUGUAUGGGCUGGGGGAACACGUGCACCAGCAAUACCGUCACAACAUGAGCUGGAACACCUGGCCCAUCUUCACCAGAGAUGCAACUCCCACAGAGGGCAUGGCUAACCUGUACGGAGCACACACCUUCUUCUUGUGCCUUGAAGAUACCAGUGGAGCUUCUUUUGGAGUUUUUCUGAUGAACAGCAAUGCUAUGGAGGUCACUCUUCAGCCUGCUCCUGCCAUCACUUACCGUACAACUGGGGGCGUUCUUGACUUUUACAUCUUGCUGGGAAACACACCAGAGCAAGUAGUUCAGGAGUAUCUGGAAGUUGUUGGACGACCAUUCUUGCCUUCAUACUGGAGCCUUGGUUUCCAGCUCAGCCGCAGGGACUAUGGUGGCCUUGAUGGGUUGAGAGAGGUUGUACAUCGAAACCGUGAUGCUCAGAUCCCUUAUGAUGUGCAGUACUCAGACAUAGACUACAUGGAUGGAAGGAAAGACUUCACUAUUGAUGAGCAGGCUUACCCGCAGCUGGCGGAUUUUGCUAAGGACCUGCAUAACAAUGAACAGAAAUAUGUAAUUAUUCUGAACCCUGGCAUCUUCAAGGACCUUAACUAUAAGGUCUACAACAAUGGAAGCAAGAGCAGAGUGUGGAUCAUGAGCUCCAGUGGCUUUGCUGUUGGGGAGGGCUAUCCAGGACAGUCAGUAUUUCCUGACUUUACCAAUCCAGCCUCGACUCUGUGGUGGACCAGGCAGCUCACUGAAUUUUAUAGCCUUCUGGAGUUUGAUGGUGUGUGGAUUGAAAUGGAUGAACUAUCUACACUUCUCCAAGGUCUCAAUCACAAGUGCGAAUCAAACAACUUGAACUUUCCUCCUUUCACUCCCAGUGUCCUGAAUGGCUCACUGUUGGUGGGAACCCUCUGCAUGGACACAGAGUUUCAUUCUGGCCUGCACUAUGAUGUCCACAGCCUGUAUGGCUACACCAUGUCAAGAGCCACAGACUUGGCCCUGGAAACUGUCUUCUCUUCCAAGAGGAGCUUCAUCUUAUCACGUUCUACUUUUGCUGGGUCUGGCAAGUUUGCGGCUCAUUGGCUGGGAAACAAUGCUGCCACCUGGGAUGAUCUCCGAUGGUCCAUCCCCAGCAUCCUUGAGUUUAACCUAUUUGGCAUCCCCAUGGUAGGGGCAAACAUCUGUGGCUACAGAAACAAUGUCACAGAGGAACUCUGCAGAAGGUGGAUGCAACUUGGAGCAUUUUACCCACUGUCCAGGAAUCACAAUGGUCCUACCUACAGGGAUCAGGACCCUGCUGCCUUUGGUUCUAACUCUCUGCUGUUGGAAUCCUCAAGACAUUAUCUGAACAUCCGUUAUACUUUACUGCCCUACCUCUACACCCUCUUCUACCGGGCUCACACAUUUGGGGAGACAGUAGCAAGGCCCUUGGUACAUGAGUUCUAUCAGGACCAAGCCACAUGGGAGGUGCAUGAACAGUUCUUAUGGGGGCCUGGACUCCUUAUCACACCUGUGUUGUAUGAAGGCAUGGACCAAGUGAGAGCCUAUAUCCCAGAUGCCAUUUGGUACAACUAUGAGACUGAACUGGCCAUCGAAUGGAGGAAACAAUUCGUAGACAUGUCACUACCAGGUGACAGGAUAGGGCUUCACCUUCGAGGCGGCUACAUAUUUCCCACCCAACAGCCAAACACAACCACAGAGUCCAGCCGGAAGAAUCCCUUGGGACUCAUCGUUGCCUUGGACUACAAGCGAGAAGCAAAGGGCCAGUUGUACUGGGAUGAUGGUGUGUCUAAAGGCACUGUGUUAGAAAGGAAGUACAUUCUGUAUGAUUUUUCUGUGACAUCCAAUCAUUUACAGGCAAAAAUAAUAAAUAAUAAUUACGUGGAUCCCAAUGAUCUCAUGUUCACCGACAUCAGAAUCUUGGGAAUGGAUAAAGAGCCAACUGGUCUUAAUGUCUUAUUUAAUAACAAUGCCAUCCCCAUUUUAAGCUACAACUACAAUGCUUCAACAAAGGUGUUGGUCAUCGAUAAUCUCACAGGACUGAAACUGGGACAAGAAUUCACCAUUGAGUGGACUCUUCUGGUCAGUGACCUGGAGAAGUUUAACUGCUUCCCCGAGGAUCCUGCAGCAUCUGAGGAAAGCUGCAAACAGCGCGGGUGCCUUUGGGAGCACACAACUAUUCCUGGAGUGCCUACCUGCUUCUACGACACCAUUCCCCAGUACGCUGCCAGUAACAUUCAGUACCAGCCCACAGGUAUCACCAUGGACCUGACCCUCCUGGCAGACUCAGCAUCUGCCCGGGCAGCAGCAGCUCCAAGCAUUGUUUCUGAUCCUCUUUCUGGAAAGAUCAGCUCUCUUAAACUGCAUGUGACCUACCAUACAGAAAACAUGCUGCAGGUCAAGAUUUAUAGUUCCUCUAACAAGAGAUAUGAGGUUCCAAUACCUCUCAACAUCCCUUCUUCGGCGCUUGGAUCCUCUGAGAACUGCCUGUAUGAUGUCACAGUUAAAACCAACCCAUUUGGACUUGAAAUUAGACGGAAAAACUCCGGUACUGUGAUUUGGGAUUCCCAACUCCCUGGCUUCACCUUCAGUGAGAUGUUUCUUUCCAUUUCAACUCGCCUUCCAUCUCAGUACAUCUAUGGCUUCGGGGAAACAGAGCAUGAAUCUUUCAGAAGAAACAUGAGCUGGAACAUGUGGGGAAUGUUUGCUCGGGAUGAACCCCCAGCGUACAAGAAGAAUUCCUAUGGUGUUCACCCUUACUAUAUGGCAUUGGAAGAUGAUGGCAAUGCCCAUGGAGUGCUCCUGUUGAACAGCAAUGCCAUGGAUGUGACAUUGCAGCCUACCCCGGCCCUGACAUACCGAACCAUAGGAGGGAUUCUGGACUUCUAUAUGGUUCUGGGGCCAACACCUGAGCUUGUAACUCAGCAAUACACACAGUUGAUUGGUCGACCCGCCAUGACUCCAUACUGGGCUUUAGGUUUCCAGCUGAGUCGCUACGGAUACCAGAGUGAUGAUGAAAUUGCCAAUUUGUAUGAUGCAAUGGUGGCAGCCCAGAUUCCCUAUGAUGUCCAGCAUGUAGACAUUGAUUACAUGGACCGGAAGUUGGACUUCACCCUCAGCCCCAGCUUUCAGAAUCUCAGUGUCCUGAUUAAUCAAAUGAAGACAAAUGGCAUGAGGUUUAUUCUCAUUCUGGACCCGGCCAUUUCUGGCAACGAGACACAAUAUCUACCAUUUACUCGAGGACAAGAAAACAAUGUGUUCAUCAAAUGGCCUGACUCCAACGACAUUGUCUGGGGCAAGGUUUGGCCAGAUUUGCCCAAUGUAAAUGUGGAUGGAUCCCUUGACCAAGAGUCUCAAGUUAAGCUAUACAGGGCCUAUGUUGCCUUUCCUGACUUCCUGCGCAACAGCACGGCUGCAUGGUGGAAGAAAGAGAUAGGGGAGAUCUAUUCAAAUCCCCGGGAGCCAAAGAAGAGCUUGAAGUUUGAUGGGCUGCGGAUUGACAUGAAUGAGCCUUCAAACUUUGUGGAUGGAUCUGUCAAGGGCUGCCGCAACGAAAUUCUCAACAAGCCUCCCUACAUGCCAUAUUUGGAAGCCAGGGACAGGGGCCUGAGCAGCAAGACUCUGUGCAUGGAGAGUGAGCAGAUCCUUCCAGAUGGCUCCCGGGUGCGGCACUAUGAUGUGCACAGCCUGUAUGGGUGGUCCCAGACCAGACCCACCUAUGAAGCUGUUCAGGAGGUGACAGGAGAGAGAGGGAUUGUCAUCACACGCUCCACAUUCCCCUCUUCUGGACACUGGGCAGGACACUGGCUGGGAGACAACACAGCUGCCUGGGACCAGCUGGGGAAAUCCAUCAUUGGCAUGAUGGAGUUCAGUCUCUUUGGAAUACCUUAUACAGGAGCUGACAUCUGUGGGUUCUUUGGAGAUGCUGAGUAUGAGAUGUGUAUCCGCUGGAUGCAACUGGGAGCAUUUUAUCCAUUUUCCAGGAACCACAACAAUGCCGGGACUAGGAGACAAGAUCCCGUGGCCUGGAAUUCGACUUUUGAGGAGUACUCAAGGAAAGUGUUGCGGAUCAGAUACUCCCUGCUGCCCUAUUUAUAUACCCUGAUGCAUAAAGCUCACACUGAGGGCAGCACCGUCAUCAGAUCGCUUCUCCAUGAGUUCACAGACGACAAUAUAACAUGGGACAUAGACCAACAGUUCAUGUUGGGCCCGGCUAUCCUGAUCAGCCCCGUUCUGCAGAGUAAUACAUUUAAGAUCCAUGCUUAUUUCCCCAGAGCCCGGUGGUAUGAUCAUAGCACGGGAUCUGGGCAGGAAUCAAUGGGUGAGUGGAGGUUACUGGCAGCCCCUCUGGACCACAUCAACCUUCAUGUCAGAGGAGGCUACAUUCUGCCUUGGCAGGAGCCUGCAAUAAACACCUACUACAGUCGAAAAAAUUUUGUGGGAUUGACUGUAGCUUUGGAUGAUGAAGGGAAGGCAGAAGGACAGUUGUUUUGGGAUGAUGGACAAAGCAUCGAUACAUAUGAGAAGGGAAAUUAUUUCUUAGCUAACUUUAUAGCAACACAGAACACCCUGAAGAUCCAGGUCCUACAUAAUCAGUACCUGAGUGGCUCAAAUCAACUGAAAAUUGGAUACAUUAGACUAUGGGGUUUAAAUUCUUCUUAUGUGGUACAUGUCGCUUUUACCUACAACAACCAGCAAUUCAUUGAGAACAAUUUCACAACUGACCCCUACAAUCAGAAACUAACAAUUCAAUUGACUGAAAAGAACAUGAACCUGGAAGAGCUGACUGAGGUUAUUUGGGUUUAUGGAGACCCUGCACUUCCCACACCAAAUGCAACCAGUGUGCUUCCCACAAGCCCUCAGCCAACUUCAUCUAGCACUGAAAUUGUAACCAGUUCUGCUCUCAUAACUACACCUGAUAUAACAAGUACUUUCACAACUACACUUCCUGACAUAACUACACCUUUCCCUACAAGUCCUUCUACCACUAACACUAGUGAUGUAACUCCAUUCAUAACCACAACGCCUGAACCAACUACUGUUGACAAUACAACAGGUACUAUAUUUCCUGACAAAACUACACCUUUCCCUGAAAGUCCUCCUACUGCUAACACUAGUGACGUGAUUCCUUUUACAACCAUAACUCCUGAAGCAACUACUGUCAACAGUACAACAGGUACCACAUUUCCUGACAUAACCACACCUUUCCCUACAAGUCCUCCUACUACUAACACUAGUGAUGUGAUAACUUUUACAACCAUAACUCCUGAAGCAACUACUGUCAACAGUACAACAGGUACCACAUUUCCUGACAUAACCACACCUUUCCCUACAAGUCCUUCUACUACUAACUCUAGUGAUGUGAUUCCUUUUACAACCGUAACGCCUGAACCAACUACUGUUGACAAUACAACAGGUACUAUAUUUCCUGACAUAACUACACCUUUCCCUACAAGUCCUCCUACUGCUAACACUAGUGAUGUGAUUCCUUUGACAACCAUAACUCCUGAAGCAACUACUGUCAACAGUACAACAGGUACCACAUUUCCUGACAUAACCACACCUUUCCCUACACAUCCUCCUACUACUAACACUAGUGAUGUGAUUCCUUUUACAACCACAACUCCUGAAGCAACUGCUGUUGACAAUACAAGUAGUUUAUUUCCUAACAUAACUACACCUUUCUCUACAAAUCCUACUACUACUAACACUAGUGAUGUGAUUUUUUUUACAACUACAGCUCCUCAAACAACUACUGUUGACAGUACAACUAGCUCCACAUUUCUCAACAUAACUACAUCUUUCCCUACAAGUUCUCCUACUGCUAACACUAGUGAUGUGAUUCCUUUUACAACCAUAACUCCUGAAGCAACUACUGUCAACAGUACAACAGGUACCACAUUUCCUGACAUAACCACACCUUUCCCUUCAAGUCCUCCUACUACUAACACUAGUGAUGUGAUAACUUUUACAACCAUAACUUCUGAAGCAACUACUGUCAACAGUACAACAGGUACCACAUUUCCUGACAUAACCACACCUUUCCCUUCAAGUCCUCCUACUACUAACACUAGUGAUGUGAUAACUUUUACAACCAUAACUUCUGAAGCAACUACUGUCAACAGUACAACAGGUACCACAUUUCCUGACAUAACCACACCUUUCCCUUCAAGUCCUCCUACUACUAACACUAGUGAUGUGAUAACUUUUACAACCAUAACUUCUGAAGCAACUACUGUCAACAGUACAACAGGUACCACAUUUCCUGACAUAACCACACCUUUCCCUUCAAGUCCUCCUACUACUAACACUAGUGAUGUGAUAACUUUUACAACCAUAACUUCUGAAGCAACUACUGUCAACAGUACAACAGGUACCACAUUUCCUGACAUAACCACACCUUUCCCUUCAAGUCCUCCUACUACUAACACUAGUGAUGUGAUAACUUUUACAACCAUAACUUCUGAAGCAACUACUGUCAACAGUACAACAGGUACCACAUUUCCUGACAUAACCACACCUUUCCCUACAAGUCCUUCUACUACUAACUCUAGUGAUGUGAUUCCUUUUACAACCGUAACGCCUAAACCAACUACUGUUGACAAUACAACAGGUACUAUAUUUCCUGACAUAACUACACCUUUCCCUGCAAGUCCUCCUAUUACUAACUCUAGUGAUAUGAUUCCUUUCACAACCACAACUCCUGAAGCAACUACUGGUGACAAUACAACUGGCCCCACAUUUCCUGAUAUAACUACAAAUUUCCCUACCAGUCUUCAUACUGAUGUCACUAGUGAUAUCAUUCAUUUCACAACCACAGCUACUGAAACAAGUACUGUUGACAAUGCAACUAGUACUACACUUCCUCCAAUAACUGGAACUACACCUUUCCCUCAGAGUCCUCCUGUUGUUAGCACUAGUUCUGUGAUUCCUGUCACAAUGACAGGUACUGAAACAGGCACUGUAGGGGCUACAAACUCCACCGUAGUGCCAUGA